UUGCAUAGCAGGAGAACAAAGCUACUGUUGACGAUUGCUGGUUCUGAUAUAAUUUUCGAAGUUGACGGUUACUCUAAGAACACUGUCUUUUGUUUACAUUUGUUUUAAUUCUAAAAGCGCGACGGAUGUUUUAAUUUAGUUUGUGAGUAGAACCGCUGGAUGUGUAGACCGUAAAUACACAAACCGAGUCAUCGAUAGCUCGAUACAGACGGCCUGCAGCUCACUGGAAGAUGGAUUCUAUAAAUAGAUCUCUGCUUGUUCUGUUCAUUAUUCUAUGGAUGAAUAGGAUUCGCUGUAAUGAGAAUGGUUUAUUCACGUAUGAGGUAGACCUGUGUACUCUGGAGGAGCUCCAAUUACAGUGCCAAUCUGGUGACGUCAUUUACGUGAUGCAGGUGCGAUGCGGAGACGAGCCUUGUGAAGAUUUGGUCAAUCAAACAUUGUACCAGCUCUGUCAUGGGCAUCAAGUAUGUUCGAAUCUUGAUCUGCAAUCUUUGCUAGGGUUGAAUUGUUCCAGAGUCAAGCAAGCAGCUCCACAUGUUCAGUUCAAAUGUUUGAAAGGAAGAAGCGCUCCUUGCAGGGCUAAUAUUUGUUCGCGCUACAUCGAAGGAAUUCGCUGUCCGGCCGACAGACGCAUCCAUAUAGAGCAGCUAUCGUGUGGCUCAUGGAAUGGACCUUGCCCAUCGAACACUUAUGAAACAAUUUAUUUGUGCGAAGGCUCUUCCUAUUGUGCAACAUCGGGUCUGAAAGAACUGCUGGAGAGACAAUGUACAGCUGGGGAGAACAAAGGGAAUGUGAUUAUCACUUAUGUUUGUAUUCCAG